AUGGGUCGCCCUACCUCAUCCAAAACUUCAUUGCAAGCUCCUUUGGCUCUGCACCAACUUCCAGGAGAGGUAUUUUCUGUUGCAGACUUAGAGGGAGAGCACUGGUACGACUGCUUCCCAGAAUGGCCAUCCUCAGACAGUGGUGGUGUUCGCGGAAGCAUCAAAGAAUGGCGUGAAGUAGCAGGUGGAGCUCUGGCAUCCUCAUCGAGAGCGUAUGAAAAGCGUGUCAAUUCUGGUCGAAACACAAUAGCGCGUGCCCUCUCGAAAGAGAAGACGAUUGGUGACAAGAUUGCUGCAAUCACGUUACUCGUGCAGGAAAGUCCUCUCCAUCGCCUUGAUGAGCUUCACAAACUGCUCGAAUUUGCGAAGAAUAAGAAUCGCCGGGAGAGCGUGCCCGCAAUUGAGGCCGUGAAAGACUUGUUCCUUUUUAACUUACUUCCCGACGACCGACGAUUAGUUCGAUUUGAGGACAGGGAAUUUGAAUGCAAGAAACAGUCUAUUUCGAAGAGACAUCUUGCCUAUGCCUUGUUUGAGGAUGAAUUGAAGACAGCCUACCGCGACUUCUUGAAGGUGCUCGAAGAUAGCGGGAAGGAUGCCCUUGCUCACUUCAAGCAGAAAGCUGUGAAACAGAUAUCUGAGUUGCUCGUCGGAAAACCGGAGCGCGAGAAAGAGCUUCUAUCUAUGCUUGUCAACAAGCUUGGUGACCCGGAAAGGAAGGUGUCCUCAACCGCUUCAUUCAAUUUAUCCCAGCUCAUUGACAAGCACCACCCGCAAAUGCGACUGGUCGUCAUCCGCGAAGUAGAGCAGCUUGUCACUCGUCCGAAUGUUACGAUGAAAACCCAGUACUUCGCUGUCAGCUUUCUCUGUCAAAUUCGUUUAUCGAACAGUGAUGUAGAAUUGGCGAGGAGAUUGCUUCGAAUUUACAUGGACCUUUUCACCCUCUAUUUGGCAAAGGAGAAAUACUCAUCCAAGCGAGACAAGGUGAAAACAGCGAAGAUAAAGAAGAAACAAAAACGGAAAAGAUUACGCGAGCUGCAAAAUACUUCAUCAAAGCCCAAACCUGACAUCUCAGGUGCAGUGAAGGAGACCCGAUUGAUGGGGGCGCUUCUCAUGGGUGCGAAUAGGGCUUACCCCUUCUCCGAACCGGAUCAAGAUGAUUCUUCUUACGAGGAACAAUACGAGGCUCUCUUCUCCGUUGCCCAUGCACAAGCGCUUGGCCCCGCAACACAGGCUCUUGCGUUUCUUUUUCAAGUAUCUCAGAGUCAUUCAACUUUAAGCGAUCGGUUUUAUAGGGCGCUGUAUUCCAGAAUACAGGACGCAGCAGAUGCCGGGGAGCCCAAACAGGCCAAGUUUUUGAAUCUGUUGCACAAAGCAUUGGAUGCAGACACAAACCCGAGGCGAAUCAAGGCAUUUGUGAAGAGGAUGAUUCAGGCCGCCGCAAAUGGAUCUCCAGCUUUUGCUGGGGCAUGCGUCAUAGUGCUAUUUGAGUUCUACAAGCGCCAUCGUGGAAUUUUGACCUCGUUUAUCUCUCUGUCUGAACAUGACGACGCUGAGGAGACUUUCUUUGAUGCAGACAAACCCCAGGUUAUCAGCGCAAACCCUUCAGAGAACGUGAACGGUAUGAAGAAUGUCGGGGAGGCGGGAAUUAGCGAAAGAGAAGCAACGAACCAACUAUCUCUUGAACCGAUUUCUUCGACAGGAGAUGAUGAAGUCUCAGUGGGAAAAGGGACAUCACCGAUGUCAUCAAGAUAUGAUAUUCGAAAGCGAGAACCGCAAUACGCUAGAGCAGAGAACACAUCCUUGUGGGAAUUAGUAGCUUUGUGCUCUCAUUUCCACCCAAGCGUGUCCGUCUUCGCCAAGACUUUGUGUGUGAAGCUCCAAACCAUGCAUUAUGGCGGAGAUCCUUUGAAGGACUUUUCCUUGAUUUCUUUUCUUGACAGAUUUGUGUACAAAAAGCCUAAAAACCGAGUCGCAAAAUCACUUUACGGGAAAAGAUCUGCGCAUUACCGGGCCGAUCCUGUGGCAAAUUCCGAAGCCUUUCAGGAACAAGUGAAGGAAGGCAUCAUCGGGGAAGACGAUAAAUUUUUCGCCCGAUUCUUUGAUGCCAACCCAAGUCGUGUGGUUAGGGAAGCAGUUACGACGGAUGGCGUGAAUGGAGCUUCAAGUAGAACAAACAUAGUGGACGACUCGGAGGAGGAAGCCUUUGAGGAAGCCAUGAAAGCGGAGAUGGUGCGCUUGGGUUCGGACUCCGGUCUCACCUCGAGCGGAAUUAAGAAUCACCUGGCUGAUGUGGAUGACGAAGAUCCAGAUGAACUGAAAGCCUUCGAGAAGGCAUUUGAGGACGACCUGAUUCACUCAGCAGACGAGAACAACGAAAGUGGUGCUGAUUCAGAAGAAAUUGGAAACCCAGAUCUGGAAGAAGACAGCGUUGUGCCUCUGCAAGCCUUCCGAGAUUCAAAUGAGGGGGUCGAAGAUAUUGAAAUAGACGAGAUUUCACGUGAAAGCCAGCAAGGCGAAGAGGAACAACCAAAGAAAAAGCGAAAAAAGAAACAGUCGGGUUUGAGAACUAAACAGAGCGCCUUUGCUGCUGCAGAAGAUUAUGCCGAAGAUAUUGAUCGAGAGAUAGGCGAACGUGCAAUAGAACACAUUGGGCCGUCGGCGGAGCUGGGCAAGCAGUCCAGACGGGAAGAAAGGAGCUUCCGGAAGCCGGGGAAGAAAAGACGUAGGUAGUGAAGGUGGAGUUGAGGAAUGGCUAGGAGUCCAGCGUAGGAUAUGAGGACUGCGGGGUAAGUUUUCAGAAUGAAGACCGGACAUUUGCUUAAACAGGGCUGCGCAGAGGAGUGUGUUCUCAUAAAGAAAAAAUGCUACUGACUA